CGAAAAUCCAUGUGUAUCUUAUCAUAUAUUCCUACAAAGACUUAGUAAUUCGUACACUGGGCCGAAGAAGCCGAUAUAUAACAGCCUAAAUGACCUCAAUACUCGUUACCAAAUAUAAACUCUAAACUUAAAGAUUUUAUCAAAUAUAAUUCAGAUAUUUCCCCUGUUUCUCCAAUUUGUCAUGGAGAGGAAACAUAACCCUAAUUCCUGGUCUGAUCUUCCUCACGAUCUCUUGAACUUGGUGUUCGAACGCCUCAGCUUUGCUAAUUUCAACCGAGCCAGGUCCGUGUGUUCGUCUUGGUACUCUGCUUCGAGACAAUCGGUGCCCAAAAAUCAGAUCCAUUGGCUGAUUCUCUUCCCUGAAGACAACAACAACAAGAACAACAGUUCAUGCACGUUGUUCAAUCCCGAUGAAAAAGACAAACUUUACAAAACGCAACAUCUUGAUGAGGAAUUUGCAAAGAGUGUUUGUAGGGCAACCUAUGGAAGUUGGUUCCUAAUGGUAGAUCCUCUGUUUAAUCUCUAUAUUUUGAAUCUCUUUACCCGCGAGAGAAUCAAUCUACAUCCCGUGGAGUUACUGUGGAAAGAUUACGAGUUAGGCGUUUCAAGUCGCAACCGAAUGAAGUCGAGAGGUGGGAACGUACGAUCUCCUGUGUUUUGGAUUGACGAGAUAACCAAAGAUUAUGUUGUUCUUUGGGGACUUAGAGAUUGGUGUGUAUUUUAUUCCAAGAAAGGAGAUACCUCCUGGAAUCAAAUCCCCCAAACUCCAGAUUGUUACCGUUUGCGUUACAAGGAUCACAAGCUUUACUUCCAAGGCUACUUCUCUAGUUUCAAAAUCUUCGAUCUUUCUGGAGAGAUUCCACAACAAACCUUUGACUCGCUUGUUUUUGUGGACCAUUGUCACUUUCGUCGUUGGGUCCUUUAUUCCACACUUGUAGUCACACUCACAGGAAAAGUCCUCAACGUUGAAAAAAUGAUGGACUGCUCUUUCACGGUUUUCGAGGUUUGUUCAUCAGGAAGACGGAUUCAUUCUCUGGGAGAUGAGUCAAUUCUUUUGGAACAAGGCAUCACUGUGCUCGCCAAUGACACUAAUGGAUUCAUUAGAAAUUCCAUCUAUUUCAAUAAUGAUUGUGAAAACAUUGAAAAGCACACUUACGACAUGUUUAUCUUCAAUCUUGAGACACAGAAGACGGAGCCACUACACACAUUUGAUAGUUCUUCAUUUCAAUUCUCUAGAGCUCAUUGGUUCGUACCUAGUUUCACGCUUACAUGAUGUUGAUCUCAACUAUGUUUUUU